UGAGAGCAUCUCUGUGAAUACUAGUGAGAAUGUGUGGCGUCUAAUAAAAAUUGUAAGCACACAAAAAUUUGAAAUUUCUGCACAAAUAACUGUCACAUUUUUUCGUUCUUAAGGCUUUCGAUGGCGUCGAGAAUGUGCCAGCAGAGGUGUAUGGCAAGAUUCGUUUAGUACUGCCAGCUAUUAGCGUGAUGGAGCUGCACAACAUUAGCAUGUCACGUGUGGAGUUGGUGGAGGCAUUCGGUGGUGUGCACACAUUGAGCAACGACACAAAUAACGGUUUUAAUGAUGAACAAAUGCAAUUGAUUGCCAGCAAAGUACGGCACGAGUGGCUGGGUAAGGUACCGGAAACAUAUUCGGAAUAUGAUUUGAUUUCGAUGGGCGAAAUCGUGUGUCAUCUGAAUGAGAGUGACAUUGAGCGCAUGCAUGCGGAUGCUUUCAAAGCUGCUGCCGAAUGGAUUGGUGGCAUCGAAUCUUGUCCACAAACUCAAUUGCAGGCAUUUGCAAAAUUAGCAAUGCAAAAAGAUGCUUUUGGAGAUUGCAAAGAUUGGUCCAAAAUUGAUGUCAGCAUCAUAGGAAACAUUGUGAAUGGACUAUCGCAGUCAGAACUGGCUGCAAUUGAUGAAAAUAAAUUAAAGCUUAAUCAUUUCUAUGUACAAAAACAAAAGAAGAAUGGCAAGGGGCGAAAAGUUGAAGGAAAUACUACAGCGGCUAAUACUAAUCAAACGGGGAGCAAUAACAACAGGCGACACAAAGGAGAAUAAGAAGCAGUAAGCAGUUUUAGUAUUCAAUUUAGUAGUCGACUCAAAUAAUCCGUCGCAUAACGGAAAUUUUAAAAGCAACACACAUAUUGAAACAAAAUGGUUUAUUUAUUAUAUUAAAGAAUUCGUUUACAUUUACAAUUAUAUUCUUUAUUGUGUCAAAGCUAGGUUUGCAUAUAUUCCAAGUACAUAAAAUGUUAGUAAAAAAUGAAAUUAAAAAAAAAAUAAAAAUUAUUAGUAUUUCGUAUUGUUAUUUGCUUGUUAUGUCAAGAAGUAGUUUUAUAAGUGAUUAAUAUAUAACAACAACGAUUAAAGCUAAACUAAAUGUAUUUGCAUUAUACAGAAGACGGAGUGCAGGUAACAGCUUGUUAAUACAAAUUCGGAUAGCUCUCUUUGUACAA